AUGGAAAAUGGAGAAGGCAAUUUAGAAAGUAAAUUUGCUGGCAUGGUGGUGAGAGAUACCAACGACAUCAACGGCAAUGACGGAUUGUUUCAGGUCAUGAAAGCAGUAGACGCCGCCGAGGCCACUAUCAAGCAGCAGGUGGAAGAGAACAAUCGAUUGAGAUUUGAACUUCAGAAGAAAAUUCAGGAACUUGAGAAAUAUAAAUCAGGUGAUCUGAAAUCUCAAGUUCCUCAUUCAGUUGAUCUAUGGGAUGACCAUGUUAAUGAUCCUCGUAGAGUUCGUCAAUUAUUUUUGGAUUAUGCAAAUCAUAUAGGUGGGAUUGGAGAAAUUGAACUCAAUUCUGUUCAUGAUUUAUCAGAAACAGCCAUUCUCCAAAAAGAUUUGAUGGGAAAAGAUAUGGAUGGUACCAUGCACGCUCAUCUUGUAAACCAAUUUGAUAAUGGCAAGCUUAAUGGGUCACUAAAAGUGCUCCCUGGUGGUCAGGCGGCCUCAGAUAAUUCUGGCUUUUCUCAGUCUGUGUCACCUUCUACAACAUUUUCACCUAGCAGGUACCAAAUUCAAGAAGAAUGGAGCUCUACUUCUAGAAAAGGUUUAAUUUCAAUGGAUGAUGUCAACAAUACUAAUAGCCCAAAGCAGAAUCUUGUUGCGAAGGUUCAAGAACAUGAAGAAGAGAUUUUGCAAUUGAAGAAACAUCUUGCGGAAUUCUCAAUGAAGGAAGCACAAAUUCGUAAUGAGAAAUAUGUCUUAGAAAAGCUUGUUGCAUAUAUGCGUUUGGUCUUUGAUCAGCAACAACAAGAUCUUGUUGAUGCUGCAUCUAAAGCAAUUUCCUACAAGAUAUAA